GUGGAUCUCGUUGUCGACAUUUCAACUUAACCUCGAGAGUUGCCCGACAUGCGCUCUAUUUUCACUAUUCUUCUUCUCGUUUCAUCUUCACUUGCGGCCCUUGUCCAUCCGGGUGGCCUUCACACCGACGCUGACUUUGAGCGGGUCAAAGCUCAUGUCGACGCUGGUGACGAGCCUUGGACCACGGGUUGGAACUUGUUGACGGCCAACAGCCAUGCUCAAGCAACCUACACUAUGCGCGGCCCUGUCACAACCAUCAUCCGUGGUUCCUCUCCUCUCGGCUCCGAGAACUAUGUCCUCCUCUACAACGACAUCCAUGCCGCCUACCAGCUCGCACUCAGGUGGCGGAUCUCCGGCAAUACUUCCUUCGCAGACACGGCUGUCAGCAUCCUCGACGCAUGGGCAAGCACUGCGACCAGCAUUGAAGGCGACUCCAACCGAUUCCUCGCUUCUGGGAUUUACGGAUACGAAAUGGCUAACGCCGGCGAGCUCAUGCGAAACUACACCGGGUGGACUGGUCUCGCCCAGUUCCAAACGUGGAUGUCGACGGUGUUCUACCCGUUGAACGAGAACUUCCUCGUCAACCACAAUGACGCCCAGUGGUAUCACUACAGAGCAAACUGGGAUCUCUGCAACAUGGCGUCUGCCCUCGCAAUCGGUAUCUUGACCGACAACCAGACCAUGUUCGAUUGGGCCAUCAGUCGCUUCAAUGAGACCGAGGGCACAGGCCAGAUCAACCAUUUCCUCUGGCAGGGAUACGAAGAAGACGGUAGUGGUAAGCUCUUGGAGCAGGGUGAAGAGGCGGGUCGUGACCAGGGUCACGCCACGCUCGACUUCUCGCUGAUCGGAGCGUACGCACAAAUGGCGUAUAACCAAGGACAAGACCUGUUCGCCUACAACUCCAGCCAGAUUCUUGGCGGUUCGGAGUAUGUCGCCAAGUACAACCUCGGAUUCGACGUCCCCUACACCCCACACAUUGUUCCAGACUACGACGAGACAGUCAUCUCCAAUGCUAGCAGAGGUGACAUUCGUCCCGCUUGGGAGCUGCUGUACGCGCACUAUGGCGUCUUGAAGGGCUUGAACGCUUCGUGGACGGAGCAGAUGAGGGAUCUCGUCAACGAGCAGUCAGGCGGUGCAGAAGGAGGAGGGGGAAACUACGGGUCGACGUCCGGUGGGUUCGACCAGUUGGGCUUCGGUACGCUGAUGUACCGCUUGGAAUAAGCUCGGUUUUCUUUUCUCGUCCUCUACCCUCGAGAAUCGGCUGGAACUCCGAGUACUUACAUUUGUAGGUCAUAGUCAUGUGCGGCUUUCGUCUCGAUUGUCGCUCGAUUUUUUUUGAUGUAUUAUACAUACUUGUCACUCGUUACCGUUUGCUUUUGGUCAAACGAUCAGAGGCGCUUCAGUCAUUCCUUUACUUACAGGAUUUCAAUCGUUUCAACCUGCUGGCAAAAUCUACUGCUUUA